AUGGGGUUUUACAGCUACACUCAGCCAUCUUCUAGUUCUUUGCAAGUAUGGAGUGAAGGUCCACCCGAAGUAAACUUCACUGGCCUGACAGUUGGAAUUCCUGACAGAUGUUUAUGCGGAAGGGAAACCGUUAUGAAAUGUUCCACCACAGCCGACAAUCCUGGAAAGAUUUUCUUUGGAUGCAAUAACCAUGAGGAUGGAGAGGACCAUAUUAUGAAAUGGUGGGAUGAGGCUAUAAUGCAAGAACUUCAAGCAAUGAGAGGUGGACUUGAUGACCAAAGGGAUUCUAUUACAGCCAUCCAGGAAAAUGAUGAAAUGCUAUGGGUUCAGCAGGAGCUAGAGAAGGUGAAAGAUCAGAUGAAGGAAUUACGUCUGUUAAUUCGUCGGGUACGCGGGGUGGUCGAGAAUGUCUUUAUCGCCGGUAUAAUCUUAAUUGUUGUAUUAAUCUCUUUUGCUUCGUAG